AUGGUGCGAAGGAGGGAUGGUAAGCUCUGUGGAGAUGAAGAGCUACUUUCCAAGGAGCCUGGUGUGGAUACAACAGCCAUUGGCGGGAAACAGGAACCAGGAGUGCCCCAGGAAGUCAUAAAGGACAUAAGGAUGUGUAUAGGCGGUGAGCCAUCUGGGAUGAGCAGGAUCAGGACAGCAUACAGCAAUGUGGUGUACAUGUUUGAGGUGAAUGGGAGUAAAUACAUUUAUAAAGAGUUUCGAGAGUUUGAUGAACAGGACGAGAUGAUAAACAGGAUUGUGGGGGGAGAAAGGGUGGUGGCAUCAAACCACAGGUUCCGGAUUGAGAAGCGCCUGGAGGGAAGGCAUGGAAGCAUCAGGGAAGAUCUGAGAAGGAUUGCACCGGAGCUUCGGAAGUUUCAUGAUACACAUGUUGAGGGAAUAAGAAGCUAUGAAGAGCUGGUAGAAAGUAUGAUGGUGAAAUGCAUCCGAGAGAUGGUGGCGGGCAGCGGAAGGGGAGACAUGAGUCUUUCCUCGAUAGAGGAGAAGAUGAAGAGGAUGAGGGCUUCUGAUGCCGGAUGGUGUUCUGGGGAUGAUUGUGUUUUCUGGAUUCUGAUGAAAGCCCGGGAUAGAGUGUUUGAAGUACCCAAGGGGGGAUUUAAGGCUGUGAUGUGCCACAACGACCUUCAGCCUGGAAACAUACUGGUGAGCAAAGAUGAAGUUGUCUUGAUCGACUUCGAGUUUGCAGCGAUGGGGUCCCCUGUGAUUGAGAUAGCCAAUCUGUUUUGCGAGGCGGGGUAUGACUAUUCGAGAUAUGUGUUUCUGGAGGAGAGAUUCCCGAGUGCCGAGGAGCAGAUGGAGUUUGUUCGGGAGUACAUGGGAGGAGAUGAGUCUUGGCUGGAGAUUGUGAGGCUUGUACCUGGGGCCAUGGCAUACAGCCACUUUCUAUGGUAUCUUUGGGCAUGGUGUAACAAGCGAUGUGGGAGCUCUGAAGUUUUGACUACUGUAGGUAUGGAAACUCACGAUUGUCACGGUUACAUGAUGACGGGUUUGUGA